CUUGAGCACCGUAAUACCACCACUAUUUUUGAAACAUGCUUAUGAGUCCAAGCAUGAUAGCUGUUAUAUAAAGCGAGAGAUCGUACCAUCGCAUCUUCCUUUAUCCACCUCCAAAAACAAAACCCAGUAGCCCAAGCAUUGAACAUCCUCGUCCUUUCGUACCCCUUGUAUUAACGAUGCCUUUCCACCGCUUCUACUGCUCCCCAAACCUUUACACAAGAGAAGAAAAACAGGCGAUCGCACAAACGAUCACUAAAUACUACGCCAAAUUGCCUCCAUUCCUUGUUCUAGUCAGCUUCAUUGACGUCGAUAAGGAUAGUUUCUAUGUAGGAGGCGAGCCGAAUGAUAGAUAUUUGAGGAUUAAUGUGCAGCACUCAGCGGAUCCGGUACAAGGACGUCCCUGGAUAGAAGGAUACGAGAAGGCUUUGGAACCGUUUACGAAAGGGAAAGGGAUUGGUUGGGAAUUACAGAUGACUAACGAUGACCCUGCACUCUGGGGCGUGAACGGGAUGCGUGUACCACCGUUUCUCUCCGAAGACUACAUGAAGUGGAUGGAGCUUAACCGGGCGGUAGAGUGGGAAACUCCCGCUCAGUCGAGCGAACUGCCAGCAGGUUCAGAGUCGAACUAAUAUUAGUAAUAGACUAGAACUGCGUUCGGUAGAAAUACCUUAGCAAGGACUUGAAUGAACAAGAAGUCAACGUACUGCAUCGUUCCUACCGCGUACGAGGAUGGUUGUUUCGGAAUAGAUUCUUACAUACGCCAAACAAGGUUGAACCUCGUAC